CUUAACUCGAUACUACUGCAUACACCUAUGUAGCGAUAUCUGGUCAGACCCCACCAGAUCCUAGUUGCGUGUAAUAAUUUCUCGAUUCUUUCGGCGUUUAAUUUCGUGUUUAAGAAGAUAAUCAAACUACGAAAAAGUGUCCGGUAAACAUGCCUGCAUAUCAUUCAAGUUUUCUAGAAAACGACCAAACGGUUGGCAACAUGGCAUUGCUACCGUUCAAAACCCAGUUUCGAGGACCAGCACCGCCCUUCAGUAACAAAGAAUUAGACAUAAUAGACGAAGCUUUAUAUUUCUUUAAAGCAAACGUUUUCUUUCGAACUUAUGAAAUUAAGAGCGAAGCUGACCGAGUUUUAAUUUACAUCACUUUGUACAUCACUGAGUGCUUGAAGAAAUUACAGAAAUGUGCAAACAAAAAUCAGGCAACAAAUGAAAUGUACACUUUGGCUAUUUCCAAAUUCGAUAUUCCAGGAGAAGCCGGUUUCCCAUUAAACUCUGUUUAUGCUAAGCCAAAUACUGCGUCUGAUGCUGAUUUAAUGAGGCAAUAUUUACAACAGUUGCGCCAGGAAACUGGCAUUAGAGUCGUAGAAAAGGUUUAUGGAGAAGAUGGAAAGCCCAGCAAAUGGUGGCUGUGUUUUGCCAAGAAGAAGUUUAUGGACAAGUCAUUAUCUGGACCUGGACAAUAAAUUGUAAAUCAUCUUCUCUUACUCAAUUCAAUCCAAUCCCUGUAAGAUGGGUUUAUUUUAUGGCUCGUGUCUUUUUCCGAAGAGUGGGCUACAUGUUAAUUAUUAAUUGUUUUUCAUACUUCUAUUAACACCAAUCAAUAAUUUUUAGAGUUUCCUUGUAAUGUUGAGUUCAAUAUGUUUAAUUUAUUCAGAAAAAAAAAUGUCCGGCUGAUAAGUGUGGUCAAUUUUAAACUACUAAAUGUUGCCUGUUAAAAAUUAGAUAGGAUUCCAUUGGAAAAAUACUGCAUGUAGGUAAUUACAAAUCGUGCAAAACACGUUGCAAUUAUAAUGUUUAAUUUAUCAAUGAUAAAAUAAAAAUAUCGGGCCGAGAAUUCUAGUAGAUUUUAAAGUAGAAAUGUCUCUUGUUGAAAAUUAGAUAGGAUUUUGUUGAAAAAGUGUUAUACGUAGAUAAUUACAAAUCAUGCAGAAAAAAAUUGUAUGCACGCAUUUAGAUGAACCAACGGCAACCGUAACAAUUUGCGAAACGUAUAAUUGUUUCUACGCGUAUUCAUCCCACGUGAUAUAAUUAUCAAUAAAAACUUUAUUUUAUAUUGCGGAUGUAAAAAUCGGAUUU